AUGCGGCCGUCGAGACCGGAUGGCGUUCCCACCCAAUCGCCGAGUGGAUCCUGCGACAAUUCCCCAUUCAAAUUCGAACUUCCCGGCAAAGCACUCUUGACACUAGGCACGGCCGCUCUCGCUGCUGCGGAAUCAUCGGUCGUCUCACUGUUUAUUCCCGAUGUCGAGGGCACCGCGCUGGUCGCGUCCGUCGUGGCCCAGAGCGCAGGCAUGACAACCUACAGCAUCAACUGUCCGUCCGGGACUGAUAGCUCGGACUGCGGCGUUGCACCGGGCUUGACCCUGACCUCGGGGUCCAAGACCGUCGAAUGGAGCAUGAGCGAGCCCGGUGAAUUCUUUGGUCGCAUUGUCUGCGAGAUGGGAGGCACCACCACGGCCACCUGCACCGAGACUGACAGCGGGUCGGGGGCCAACUUCCCCGGCACCCACACGAUGACUUUCGCCAGCAGCGACAUCAGCUCGCUUCCCGUCACCAUCACGGCUGGCGCGGCCGCCGGAGCCACCACCGGGGCUUCGGUUGCGACGACGGAGGCCUCGGUCACCUCGGACCGCACGUCGCAGACGUCCACCAACACCGAAGCCACCACCGGGCCCUCCGACUCGGCAAACGAUGGCAUGUCCUCGGCCACCAGCACGGGAGGCAUCGCGCGGAUCACCGGGACUCCGGCCCUGGCAUUGGGCGGCGCUGCGAUCGCACUGGUUGCGGUCGCUCUGUAA